UUGAAGGCGUCGCUGUUUGAUCUCCUUUCCCUUUCCUCGUCUUCCAGCCUAUUCAACCAACAUUGCCCUUUCAUUGAUUCGCAAUUUAUUUCUUUGCAAAGGGCUUCAUGAGUCCUCAAACAAGAUGUCUUCCGACAUAGACUCAGCAAGCAGUGCGCACGCUGCAGAAGACCCCUCAGGACUCCCAUUCGAUCCGCCAGGCAACGUUCGGAUGACAGCUGAACUAAGUUACAGGUAUAAUGAUGACCGCAGACCUAUCGUAAACCAGUAUUUGCGCGGUCACCGAGUCGGAAAAGGUCAGCAUGGCGAAGUAUGGGUGUGUUGGGACUUGUCGGAUAAUCGUCGCGAGCUGGCCAUAAAGGCCGUCAAACGCAUUAACCCACGCGCUGAGAAGAUGAACAUGCUCCGCAGGCGAAACAUCCCCGAGUCGUCUCAUACACCACUUACAGAAAAACUCGGAAGCCUCGAGCAUAAAAUACGGAAAGAAAUCGCGAUAAUGAAAAAGUGUCGUCAUGGGCAUGUCGUUCGCCUGCUGGAGGUUAUCGACGACAAGCUGAAUGAUAGGAUAUACAUGGUCAUGGAAUAUCUGAGUGGUGGAGAGAUCAAGUGGCGCAACGAGCAAAAUGAGCCUGUGUUGCAGGUGGACCAAUGUCGACGAAUAUGCCGCGAUGUUAUCCUCGGCCUCGAAUAUCUCCAUUACCAGGGAAUUAUUCACCGUGACAUAAAGCCUGCUAACCUUCUCUGGACUGCGGAUCGCCAAAUGGUCAAGAUCAGUGACUUUGGGGUCUCGCAUUUCUCAUAUGCGCAGCGCCUCGCGGCUGCAGGGCGUGGAAAGGUCGCCCUAGAUGACGCUAACGACCCGAUUUUGCUGGAUGAUUCGGACCUUUCCAAGCGUGCCGGAACCCCGCCGUUUCUUGCUCCUGAGGUCAUCGCUGAGUACAAUGGCGAUCCUGUGGCAUCCAUAUCCGCUUCUGCCACCUCGACCACACUACCCUCCUUGAGGUCCGCCCCACAUAUAAGCUCCACUUCCACUGUCCGCCCGAACACGUCCCAGCGGCUGCAGAUUACGAAGGCCAUUGAUGUAUGGGCACUGGGUGUCACCCUGUACUGCCUUCUUUUCGGCAAAAUUCCGUUCAGAGCCCCAGAUUCGAGCGAAUACAUGCUCUACAAUAUCAUAUGCAAAAAUGACUGGGAGCCAGAAGACACUAUGGGUUACGAUUGCAUUCAAACUGGCGGGCGGAAACCCAAGGACAAAAAGUCUGAGGGAGUUGUUGUCAUGAGUCUUCUCGACAAGCUGCUUGAAAAAGAUCCCAAUAAGCGCAUGACUAUCGAUCAAGCAAAGGUUCGUCCAUUUUCAUUCUGCGCGUAUUCGCCCCCCAUAUCUCCCAUUUUACGUGUAGCGGUACGUUUGGUUCCUGCGAGAUAUUCCACAUCAUCAAGAAUGGCUUCGUCAGACCUCACCCUCCAGGACUGACAUGGUCAUGGUCACGGAGUCUGACACCCGCACUGCGAUGACUACCGUCCGCUUCAGCUGGGGCUGGCCAAAGCGCCUCACACGCCGCAUAUCCUCAUUAUUCAAAGGUGUUCGUUCUUCGCGCGGCACAUCAUCACGUGACGAUGAAGACGACUUCGGUGUGUGUUCCUCGCCUACCAUUGCGGUAGAGCGGCACAAAAGCGCUAGUGCGCGAAUGUCAGGUUCGGAAAUCCACGAGGACGGGAGGCGUCGCGGUGUUGGACGCUCUGCCAUUGUGCGUAACGACUCAACGCCAAACAUGGGAAGGAGAGAAGAAUCAAU